AUGGCAGAGAAUAAGACGACCUUCAAUGUUGAUACAAAAUAUUGCGAAUACGUUCUUAUUGGAGACAUUACACUAAACGUUUAUCCAUCAAAAGGUAUAGCAACUCGGUUUAGUUAACGCCGGUCGAAACGCCACUUCAGACAUUGUCUCGGUUCGCUCGGCCUCUGGGAAUUUUACAGUUCAUCAUGGUAGUGCCUACUUCACAGGUCAUCACCUUCGCAGAUUUGAAAAACUUCCUUGCAGAUCUCCAAAAGGAUUUGCAAAGACCCUGUCACCCCGGUUUGCAAGAUUGACGGAUUUGCAAUAUUCCUAUUGGCUGUUGCAAUAUUCCAUAGCCCGAGUUUUCCAUUCCUUAAAUGCGGGUGUAUUAGGGUGUAUGGGAAAAAAGGGCCUGACAACACAAAAUCUCGUUCCCAGAGCAUGCCGGGCGUGCUCUGGGAACGAAAUUGCAGAGAAACUUCCUUUUGAAUUUUCCUAACUUCCUGUUCUGUACUGCGGGUUGUCAUUGGUGGAUUAUUUUUGUUAGCCAAUGACAACGCGCAGAACAAAAUAGGAAGUGAGGAGCUUGUAAUAGGAAGUUAGGAACUUCUAACAGAAACUGAGGAAAAUCCACUGAUCAGAGGGGAAAAUCCAAUUGGCUUUUAGUGGGGAAAAUCCAAUUGCCGGUUCCCCUUAUUACGUAUUCUGAAUACAACUACCAUGAUACUUUGCGGGUAUUUUCUCCAUUAUGCAAUAACAUGUCCGAAAAGCAUGCUGGUAGUUGUAUUGAGGAAAAUCCACUGAUGAGUGGGGGAAAUCCAAUUGGCUUUUAGGAACAUUGCAAAUUCCCUUAAGGGAUCGGCAAGGACGUUUUCUAGAUUCUGUUCCGAAAUAUAACUUACUCGAACCGUCCUGAUCGCGUAGCUCAGUUGGAAGAGCAUUGGGCUAGUAUUCCAAAGGUCUUAGGUUCGAAUCCCACUGUGGCCGGGCAUAUUUUUCAAGCUCGUCUGGUGUGGAUAUACACUCAGAUAACACCAUAAAUAUCAUAUUCACCUGAGUACACUACACCAACACAGAAAAAAUUCGUACAAAGGUAAUGUCGAAAAUUACAAUCAGUUACCUGUAAUAUUUGAAACAUUACUUCCACGUUUACUAAUUACUUUAUAUUGUUUGUUUGUUUGUUUGUUUGUUUGUUUGUUUGUUUGUUUGUUUGUUUGUUUGUUUGUUUGUUUGUUUGUUUGUUUGUUUGUUUGUUUGUUUGUUUGUUUGUUUGUUUGUUUGUUUGUUUGUUUGUUUGUUUUAGAUGGGAAACUGCGGCCAACUGUAGUCGCAUCGGAAGAGGAGAAACCUGCAGAUACAAGCAAGGCAAAUCCAGAAUAUCCCAGGGAAUGUAUCGUCGCUCAGAAAGAAAUGGACAUGAACGCUGGACGGGAAGAAAAUGAAGUCCAUGAAAAAAGCUCAGUUUUGGAAAGCCAUCCUUCAAAAUCUGAAACAACAGUCAAGUCUAAAGGAGGUAUUUCAUAGUUUAAUGUUUUUGUAAGCCUUACAGGCAAACUAGGAAAACAUUUGAAAAUCUUGAUGUUUCCUGAAACAUUUCUCUUAAAAAAAUUGUUAGGUUGGCUACAUUUAGAAAUAUAUAGUAAGAUACUCCAAAACGUGGUUUAUUAGGAACAGCAGAUUCAAAUGAUUGUAUCGUCUCAUUCAUUAGAUACAACUGGCUCAAUAAAACGAUGGUCAUUGAAACGUCUACGACGAUUGCUGUCAAAGAAAAGCCCCGAUAACAAUCAUGAAGUCCAAAGCGAAGUACAUUCGAAGACAAAUGCAGCGUGUACUGGAACGUUGCCAUCAAGUGAAUCUGUUCCUACGAGGGGGGAAAUGUGCCCACGUUGCAUAAUGACAGAUGAAACAGAUCUGCCACAGGACCGUAACAAGUGGCCCAUUGCUCAAAUCGAAAAAGAUUGUUUUCAAGAAAUUUGCAAUCUACUAGACUUAUAUGAUCUUAGCAAAGAACCACUUAUGAUUGCUUUAGAUUGCUUCACCACGAAAGAGGUUACGUUAAUUACACAAGAAUUUAUGGCAACACGAGGAAAGGGCAUGGCGAGUAAGGCACUCGGGAUAUGGGGAACAUCAGAGGACGGAAAUAAUGUGGGGACUCUUAAGGAUAUUCUUAAGAAUACCAUGGAAAGGGUUGAUGUUCUUGAGAAGAUUGAGAAUUGGGAAAAGCUGUCUGUUUGUUAUGGAUGUGGCAUUAAUCUGCAAGAAUAAGUAUGAGGAAACCACCUUGAUCUCGACUGGGGGGGUUGUCAGGGGUGUAACACUCACCAAAGCAAAGUCAGGAAAGGGCCUUAAAGUUUUGUUUUCACCCCCCCCCCCCCCCUUACCCCAGACAUAUUAGGGAGUUUGUCAAAUACAACGGCAACGUGGUCAUCAACAAUAGCAUUGAUCCUCAAAGACAAAGGCGAAUGUAAAUUACAUGGUGUUAAGCGUUGUGCAAUGCCGUAGCUGUUGAAACUAGUAUACGUGAUUUGCAUCAUUUUCACGUACAUGACUAGGGCAACAGUUAAUUCGUUCGAUGUUAUUUGAGGUGUUUUAUUUGAAUUCGUGCGGACUAUUUUUACUCAAGGGCUGUUUGAGAGAAACAAGAAUACUUAAAGAAGCAAAUUAAGUGUAGUAACGUAUACUUUGCCUCAAAUACAACAAUAUAAGCAAUUAUAUUUUCGCCGUUGUCGUUCCGUUCUAGGUUGCCAAACUCCCUACAGUAUCGGUCGAAACGACCCUGGAUCUCAAUAACACUAAUUAAUGGAAAUCAUAUUUCCAUAAAUCUCUAAUGUACUUUUGUAUGCAUGUGUAAGGCAUUAUAAUAUGCUUUUGCUCAGUAAAAUGCUAAUAUUGAGAAUAAUUUGUAAAAUAAUAAUUUAAUUUUGCCUAAAGUAACUAAAAUUAUUGCACCUAAUUAUAAAAUUAAUAAAUUAAUACCAUUUUUG